AUGGGGGAGGCAGAGAGAGAGAAUAUUCUCAGAGCCAUUCAAGUGACGAGUGUGAGGGAAGCCAUGCUUGGACGGAGACACACUGCGUGCUGAGAGACCAAGAAACAAUAAGAGAUUUAGAAGAAGACAUAGAAAACCCAAGAUUCAUUUAAGGAUUGAAAACAUCUUUAUCCACCUGAAUCAAUUUUACAGGUACACCAACAGAGAAAGGGACCAAGAAGAAGAGUGAAGGCCACUGCUCAUUCGUAUCACAUUAUCACAGAAUGCUGCUCUAUCUUCUGUUCUGGGCGAGUCUAUUUCUGUUGAUUACAAACGGUGAAAGAGGAUUCUAUGGGAAUCAGUAUGGUGAGUGGAAUGAUUCACAACUGCAGCCCACCAUACAGAAGCUGAUGAAAGGCUACAAUCGAUACCUAAGGCCAAACUUUAACCAGGGGCCUGUUGAAAUUGGAAUGAGUUUGGAUAUUGCCAGCAUUGAUGCCAUCUCUGAGAUUAACAUGGACUACACAGCCACUAUUUUCCUAAGACAACGAUGGCAAGAUUCCCGACUGAUAUUCCCUGGAAAUGAAAGUCUGAGUCUGGAUGGACGGCUGGUUUCUUUGCUGUGGAUCCCCGAUACGUUCAUCCCUGAUUCUAAGCGUUCCUUCCUCCAUGAUGUCACUGUGGAGAACCGCCUGAUCCGCAUCUUCAGCAAUGGCACCGUGCUCUACGCUCUCCGCAUUACAGCAACCAUCGCCUGCAACAUGGACCUCACCAAGUAUCCUAUGGAUAGACAAGAGUGUACUUUGCAAUUAGAAAGCUGGGGCUAUAAUUUACAGGAUGUGGUGUUUUACUGGACCCGAGGGAAUGACUCAGUGAAGGGGUUAGACACACUGCGUCUGGCCCAGUACAGUGUAGAGAGCUACUACACAACCGUAUCUGAAGCUGUGUAUGAAACAGGUUUUUACCCGAAGCUAGUGCUCCACUUCGCUUUGCGCAGAAAUGUGCUGUUCUUCAUUCUGGAGACGUAUGUGCCCUCAACAUUGCUGGUGGUUCUGUCAUGGGUGUCUUUCUGGAUCAGUCAGUCCUCCGUACCAGCUCGCACCUGCAUCGGGGUGACCACAGUUCUUACCAUGACCACACUAAUGAUGGGUGCCAGGACCUCACUUCCUAAUGCCAACUGCUUCAUUAAGGCUAUUGACGUCUAUCUCGGCAUCUGUUUCACCUUCAUCUUUGGUGCUCUGCUGGAAUAUGCCUGCGCUCAUUUCUGCACCAUGCAGCACCAGACCAUUGUAGAUGUGCAAAGGGAACUACUCAGAGAAUUUGAGGAGUCAAAUGGUACGACUCACUUGGUCAAUUCAAUGUCACCAAAAAAGAUGCAGACGGUAGACUCCACUCAGCAGGAGACGCCAGAGCAAUCUGUGGCAUGUGAAGGGGAUGAGGCAGUGGACAAGACACAAGAGAAGGGGUGCGGUUUAUCCUCUGUAAAGCAAAUGUCUCACCGAGCAGCAUCCAUGAUGAGUGUCGAGAAUCCUCACAACAUCGACAGACACUCAAGGACACUGUUCCCUAUGGCAUUUCUCCUCGUCAAUAUCUUCUACUGGCUCUAUUACCUUUUGUUCUAACGGACUGAAAACUCGACCUCCUAUCUCCUUAAACAAAGUAUUACUCAAAUGACUGAAAAAGUGAAAAGACUGUUGACUACCCAUCAACUCCAGGUUGAAUAGUGCCCUAUAACACUGAGCUGGGCUUGUACAUGGUUCACUGUUGCAUUGAAGCAAGUGUUUCUAUGCAACAGUGAAAAUGAAGAUUACAUGAACACACAUAAAUCACAAUAGGGACACAUCUGCAAUAGGACACAAAGAAGGACGCUGUUGUAGUAUCCAGUCUUAUUUCUUAAAGGGGUUCUAUUAUGCUUUUUUCCCACUUUUACAACUUUAUUCAGUGUGUAAUGUUGCUGUUUGAGCAUUAAAAAGAUCUGCAAGGUUACAAAGCUCAAAGUCCACUCCAAAGGGAGAUCUUUUACUUAACAGAAUCCCCUUUACAAGAACUACAACGAAUGGCUCGUUUGGACUACAACACGAUUUUUCCUGAUCUUAUGAAGUCAUAAUGUUCUCA